AAAUUUUAUACGAUUUCUCGCUUUUGACGUCAUAUGGAAUACGGUUGGAGUGAGGGAACAGGAGUCUAUACCGAUCGAAGGCGUCAAAUGUAUUCAUAACUUAACAAGAUGUAAUAUUUUACAAUUAUGUGAUGCAAUAAUUCCCUACUGCGAGCAACAGUAUGCGUACACGCACAACACAAGGAGUUUUUGGAAAAAUGCACCAUGCACACUAGACAGGUUUGUCUGCAGCAUGCGUAUAAAUACGCUGUUAGAUUUAGACAGAGCAUUCAAUCCGUUCCUCGUGUUUCAACGGGAAAUAGAAAAACAGACAUCAUGUUCAAAAUCUUGGUAGUCUUCGGCCUGUUGGCCAUCGUAAACGUAUACGCCGGCUUGCUCGCUCCGGCGAUUGCUGUCAAACCAGCUGCGGUUGCUGUCGCUGUUCCCGUCAAAUCGUGGGGUAAUGCUGGAUGGGCCGGUAAUGCUGGAUGGGCUGGUAACGCCGGAUGGGGUAACGCCGGAUGGGGUAACGCCGGAUGGGGUAACGCCGGCGGAUGGGGUAACGCCGGCGGAUGGGGCAAUGGCGCGUGGAACAAUGGCGCGUGGGGACUUAAGGGCUAGAUCCUUUAUUUAAUAAGAUAUAAGAAACCUGCCGCUACCCCUAUCAACAACUACACAUCGCAGAAUGUACCUUACCCUUUAUAUCGGAUACAUAUACAAUUCGCUGAUGCAUUUCGCAGAUCUCCCUAAAGUCAGUAUGUACAAAAUUCUUUUCUUUUUCUAUUAGAAUGUUUUUCCCCCGUCCCACUUGAAAUUGUUGAUAAAUUAUUGAUAAGCGCCGCGAUAAAAAAAACAAGAAAUAGUAAUAAAAUAAUUUCAUAUAUAAAAAAAA